AUGAAAUUUCUACUCCAUCUCGGUACCCUCACCGCCACUCUCCCUUCUGUUCUCGGCUCAGAACCUACCUCACAAAGUGCCGUCCCAGCUUGCCCUCCUCGACCAGCCACUCCAGAAGAGCAGGAAAACAUCUUCUAUGACUUUGCAAACGAGUUUUAUGUCGAUUACAUCCAGCACAAUCCUUUCAUUGGACAGGGUCGAGACGCCGCCGUGGCCGCCCUCUCUAAGAACCCAAAGACCAACAGCACCAUUGUGCACCAGACUUUUACGAAUAACACUGGCUUUGUACACCACUAUGAAUUCACGACUCCUCCGAUCAAGAUCAUGGAUGCUUAUCGAAUGAACGGUAGUUGCAUUGUGGAGCACUGGGAUGUUAUUGCAAGCUUGACUCUUGCCGAGAUUGAUCCUACACCGUUAUCGGGUUAG